AUGGAAAAUGAUACAGCAAAGGAUGAUGUCGAAAAUGGUGGUUCUAUCUUGUGUGAUGAACUGGUUGAAGAAGGGGCAGUGGCUGUCGUUGACAGAUGCAUGAGUUUUACUCGAACGUAUCAACAAUCUCCUCAGAGCAUAGCUAAGGAGUAUCCAGCCAUGCAGACUUUGGUGUUAGCUUACCAGUCCCUUGGAGUUGUUUAUGGAGACCUAGGAACUUCCCCUGUCAAUGUAUUCUCCUCAACUCGAUUAACAAAACUCACAGAAGAAGAUCUUUUAGGAACACUAAGCCUAAUUAUCUGGACAUUAACGGGUCUCGUGUUAAUUAAAUACGUGUUUAUUGUUCUCGAAGCAAACGAUCAUGGAGAAGGUGGAACUUUCGCUCUGUAUUCUUAUAUCUGUCAACAUAUUAAAAUUCGGAGCAAGUUCAGCAUCAGGAAUACAAGAUUGGAGUCGGAUGAAGCUGUGACUUACUACAGUCGAGGAAUCCCUCUGCAUACAAGGACGAGGAAAUUUCUUGAGACAAAUCAUACUGCUCAAAACUUUCUUACUGUUCUUGUGUUGCUUGGAACUUGCAUGGUUAUUGGGGAUGGAGCACUCACCCCAGCAACUUGUGUUCUUUCAGCCCUUCAAGGAAUUCAAUCUCGCUCCUCAAAAAUCACGCAAGAUCACGUUGUUUGGAUAUCUGUUGUACUUCUAAUAGCCCUUUUUGCUUUCCAACGUUAUGGAACUAGCAAAGUUGGCUUCUCCUUCUCUCCUAUAAUGUUGCUGUGGUUUGUUACCAAUGUGUCAAUUGGCACCUACAACAUCAUCAAGUACCAUCCAUCAAUUAUUAAGGCUGUAUCUCCUCACUACGUUGUCAAAUUCUUCUCGAGAAACACCAAGACGGCGUGGGAUCUUCUUGGAGCCGUAUUCUUGAGCAUAACAGGAGCUGAGGCAAUGUUUGCUGAUUUAGGUCACUUCAACAAGAGAGCAAUUCAGUUGGGUUUCUCUUUCGUGGUUUAUCCUUCAUUAAUCAUCACCUACGCGGGUGAAACGGCUUAUUUAGUAAAGCACCCGGAGAAAAUCAGCGAUGCCUAUUACAGUUCCCUACCAGAUCCUGUAUACUGGCCAAUGUUUGUUAUUUCUACCCUGGCUGCAGUUGUUGCAAGCCAAUCUAUGAUUUCUGCAAGCUUUUCAAUAGUAAAACAGUCACUCGCUCUUGGUUGUUUUCCUCGAGUUAACAUAAUUCACACCUCUUCCAAGCAUGAAGGGCAAGUCUAUUCCCCAGAAAUCAACUACAUUCUCUUGAUUCUCACAGUUGGUCUAGUCCUCGGAUUCAAAGGUGGUGUUGAACUAGCAAAUGCAUACGGCGUUGUUGUCAUCUUGGUCAUGAUCAUAACCACUUUUUUGACAACAUUAGUGAUGUUGGUCAUAUGGAAGACAAAUAUUCUACUCAUCCUAGGCUUUUUCUUGCCCUACAUGUUAAUUGAAAGCAUAUUCAUGACAUCUUCGUUAAAAAAAAUCCCACAAGGAGGAUGGGUACCUUUUGCUAUAUCGGCUAUCUUCUUGAUUAUAAUGCUAUCGUGGACAUACGGGAGGAGUAAAAAGAGUGCGUAUGAAGCAGAAAGAAAGAUGAGCACAAGGGAACUGAAUGAAAUGUUAUCAAGCAGCAAUGUUUAUCGGACACCAGGAAUUUGUUUUUUCUUUACCGACCAAAUCAACGGAAUUCCACCCAUUAUCCGGCAUUACAUUCAGAACACAAACUCUGUUAAGGAAAUUGUGGUGAUUGUCACUGUUAGAACAUUACCAAUCAAAACUGUUCUACUGCAGGAAAGGUUCAAUGUCGGGAAAUUAGGACUUGAAGGGGUUUAUAGGUGUUUGGUUCAGUUUGGGUACAAGGAUUCUCAGGACAUGAAAGGAGAUGCCUAUAUUAAUUCAGUGGUGGUAAAACUGCAAGAGCAUGUUGACAAUAUGAAUGAAAAACGAAAAAUUCAAUCAGCAGCACAAAAUGGGAUUGUUUUUGUCACAGGCCGGACAAUCCUCAAAGCAAACCAGGGCAAUGGAAUGCUAGCACGCUUCACAAUUGAUUAUUUAUACAGAUUUCUUCAGAAAAAUAGCAGGGCAGCAACUUCAACACUUGAAAUUCCACCAGAAAGAACAUUGCAGAUUGGGAUGCUCUACGAAAUCUAA